UCAUAUCUACCCCAGGACCGAGAUCCUGUUUCCGGUUCCGAAUGGCGAUCAUUCCACAAGAAUUAUCAUCUAUCUGUCGGUUUUGUUUGUGCCAGGAGAAGAAACAGUUGCUUCUGAUCGCAAAAACGAUAUGCUCUUCCCUGACGAUCGAAGAUGUACGACGAUUCACUGGCAUACCGAUUUUUCCGGACGAUGUGUUGCGUUGCGCGAUAUGUUUUGAAUGCUUGGGCAGUCUGAAAAAGUCUACCGACUUCCGAUACGCAUGUAUUCGCAAUGAUUGCACCUUCCGUCGGCUGUGCGUUGUGUCAUCCUCUGUUGGCAAAAAAGACCCGGCAAACCUCAGAUACUAUCCAAUGGUGCUGCCUGAUGCCGAUCCGUUGGAGUUGAAAUUUGAUAUGCACCCCGAUGAGCUUGUUGAAACUGAACUGUACGACGAAGACACAAGCGUACAGAUAAUUUCCAAUCAAGAUGCCAAAGGAACAGUCUCCUGCGAAGAGGUCGCGGAAGCAGAAGAGUACAACGCGCCCUACUCAGCCAACUAUAUCGAGCUUGGAGAACCUUUCUCCGAUGAUACUGAUACUGACGAAACGAAACGGAAAGGGAAACCGCGACGAAGAAAAGCAGACUCUUAUGCCACCCGGUCAGACGCCACCAAGCAACCCAGUCGAACACCAACGCUACUGAAGAGUGAAAGUGACCCAUCUUUGAAACCCAAGGCCCCGAAGCAUAAGAAAGUGCUCUGCUACGUGUGUGGCAUCUGGAUUACAAAUAUCGAUGGGCAUAUCGCUAGCCACAACAAGCAGGCUAACUUUGCAUGUCCGCACUGUCCUGUGAAGAUGAUCAACAAGUGCAAUUUGAUGCGCCACGUUAAACAGGUGCACGAGAAGAGGAUAAUAAUGUAUUGCGAACUGUGUGGGAAAGGGUUUACCCACAAGAAUAAUUACGUUUCGCACAUGCGCUCGCAGCAUAACAUUGGCAGAACAUACGACUGCAGUGUGUGUUUCGUCAAAUUCAGACAUCAAGGUGCGCUGCGAAACCAUUUCCGAAGCGUUCAUCUCAACGAGACGUUUCCUUGCGCUACCUGUGGCAUGGUGUUUCGAACUCCCGAGAGACUGAAAAGACAUCAGCCGGUCCACUCGACGGAGCAACCGUACGUGUGCCGACAAUGCCCGAAGCGGUUUAAGUAUCGCUAUGCUAGGACAAUUCAUGAGAUUACCCAUACGGGCGUUGUUUUCCGCUGCAGACACUGCGACAAAUCCUAUCGGUACAAGGCCCAGCUCAUGAUGCACCUAAGGAAAACGCAUCCGGAUAGCGAAUCAGACAGUACUGCACCGUUAGAGCGAGCGACCUCCGAAGAGACGGAGCAAAUAACGGAUACUCAAGCGUAGAUUUUAGAUGAGAAUUUAAAUAACCGAACGAACGAUUUCACAAUCACCCUGUGCCUGGCUUCGCUGUCAAUGUUUUGUUAUGAAAAUUUUCUCUUUUGGCAUUGUUUAUCCACCCAUCCAGCAAGUGUAAACACGGACGACACUGGACCGGAGAGUACAAUGUUUCCCAUUUGUCGGUUUUGUCUGUGCGAUAAUGAAACCCGCCUCGAUCUAAUCGCAACCUCACUGGACGGAUCUCUUACGAUAGAGAGUGUAGAACGCUUUACAGGCAUCCAGCUACAUCACGAAGAACAUGGCUUAUACGCGCUGUGUCGGGAUUGUGCCGAAAAAUUAAAACAAUCUGUCGCCUUUCGAGACAACUGCCUAGCCAAUAGUGCGCUUUUCGAGCAGCUGUACAGUAGUAGCGUUAUAUACGGGCAGGAGGAAGAACGUCCUGACGCAACACUGCCAGCAGCAGCAUCGAGCGUAAAGGUAGAACAAUUAGAAAUUGAAAUAGUGUGUGAAAAGCAAACGAAAUUAACUGAGGAUGUGCCGGAAUGGCAGUACAGCGUCGAAGAGUUCACACGCGAUUCGCCCCAAUCGGCUGAUGGAUAUUGUUCGGAAAAUUAUAUCGCACCGUACGAAAUUAAGCCGGAGGCCGAACGAGAUAACGAUACUGACGCAAGCCCAACCCUUCCACCUAGUACUGGCAAACGAUUGAAGCGGCCGAAAUUGAAACGAAAAGCGACGAACGUGGCAUCGGUGGAUGGCGGCAGCAUCGCCGCUCCCGCGCACAGAAACCGGCCAAAGCAGCUCUGCCCGACGUGUGGCAAGCUGGUAAACAAUCUGACGUUGCACCGUGCCUGCCACACGACCGCAACGAAAUAUGCUUGUCCGCACUGGCCGACGCGAAUGAAGGACCCGGCCAACCUGAUGCGCCACGUGCAGGCGGUGCACUUGAAGAAGGUGGUCAAAUCCUGCGAACUGUGCGGCCAGGGGUUUACACACAAAAACAUCUACACCUCGCACAUGCGCGCUAAGCAUGGAAUUGGAGAAUCGUACAAGUGCGACGUGUGCGGUAAUGUGUUCCGGCAUCCCAACGGCUUGCGGGACCACAUAAAGCGGUUUCAUCUGACCGACAGCAACUAUGACUGUCCCACGUGCGGCAAGAGUUUUAAAACCAGCCAAUCGUUAAAAUUGCACGCUAAUGUGCAUACAACGCAAAAACCGUACUCCUGUCUGCACUGUCCCAAGAAGUUCAAAAGCCGAACCGCCAAAGCGGCACAUCAGCUAACGCACAGCGGCGUCACGUUUGACUGCACGUUCUGCGAUAAGUCGUACAAGUACAAGGUACAGCGCAAUGCACACAUGAAGAAGAGCCACGAUGCGAGUAUUAGCGAGACCAGAAAUGAUAGUGAUGAUUUCUCCAAGAUGCUAAGCAACUGUUACGAUACGUUCUAUAAAAUUGCGUGAUCGGAUUUCUAUACCGUGAUAAGGUAUAUUUAAGAAAGUAGGUAGUUGUAAGAAAAAUGUUGAAUAUCAAGUGGACAUUACAGUUGAAAUUUAAAGAGGUGGAUAAGACCAAAUGAUUUAUAUAUCUUUUAAAGUAAUAAAAGCAAUUGCUCCAAAAUUUCAA